AUGAUUAAGGACGCCUACGGGGAUGCUACCAUGAGUCGCUCAACAGUGUUCGAGUGGCAUAAGCUGUUCCGGGAGGGGCGGGAGCUCGUCGAAGACGACCAGCGCGCCAAUCGCCCAUCAACUUCAAGGAUUGAUGAAAAUGUGGCUAAAGUGAAGGCCCUCCUCUAUUCUGACUGGCGCACAAACAUUCGUCUGAUUGUUGAUGAGUUAGGGAUUUCGUACGGUAGCGUUCAAAAAAUUAUUACCGAAGAUUUGGCCAUGCGAAAGGUUUGUGCCAAGAGUCCUGGAAAUUCCCAGGAAAUUCGGAACUGUGUCCAAGAAAACCUAAAUUUCCUUGACAAUGUGAUUACCGGUGACGAAACGUGGUGUUUCGAGUACGACCCGGAGACCAAACGCCAGAGCGCCGAGUGGCACACCAACAAGUCUCCGCGUCCGAAGAAAGUCAGAAUGAGCAAGUCAAGGGUCAAAUCCAUGCUCAUCUGCUUUUUUGACCGUCGUGGUGUGGUUCACAGGGAGUUUGUACCCCCUGGACAAACUGUGAAUGCCAGAAUUUACGUGGACGUGCUUGACAGGUUGCGCAAACACGUUCUCCGCGUGCGACCAGACAUCGCCAAUUCUUGGAAGCUUCACCACGACAAGGCGCCGUGUCACACCGCGCUGCUGGGGGACCUCAAGGGAAACCGAUACAGCUCCGUAGAAGACAUCCAAGGGGCCCUGACGGCAUCUCUAAAGGGGAUUCCAGAAAGCGAGUUCCAGAAGGCGUACGCGCAGUGGGAAUCGCGUUAUACGGGUUGUGUCGGAGCACACGGGUGCUAUUUCGAGGACUACUAA